CAUAGCGUCGACGAAAAAAGCAAGAGUAUUGGUGCGAGUAGGGCUAUAAAUUGCCGGGCAACACCUUCAAACGGCACACAAAUCUUAACGUACCAGACGUCCAACCUCAUUCAAAAUGAGGCUACCAAUUUCUUUGACUUUGGCAGUGAUGGCCUUCUGCUGCCUGUGUUUUGUUGAGUGCGCCUCGUCGGACGAUACAGGAACCACUACUGGGAAGGGCACUGGAACUGGAACUGGGACUGGGACUGGUACCGGCACCGGAACAACCACCACAACGACCACUGCUGAUCCGACAACCACCACUACCACCACCACGGAUGCGCCCGUGCACCACCGAAGAAUACAUCGGCGAAGAAGGCGCAUCCUCAGGAGAAUUCGACGCAGGCGCCUAGAGGCCGAGCGAAGACGCCGAAGGGGCUAGUCUGUGAAAAGUUUACUAUAUAUUUACCAAGGUCUGCAGGCAUGUAACGUUCUCGUUUCGCUGUUGUUCCAAAUUUCUAAAAUUUCGAUUACUCUGCGAGUCCAUGUGUGCAUCGGACAGAAAGAUAUGAAAAGUAAUUCCUUAUUUAA